CAUGAGACACGGCAGACUAGUCUAGACUCAUUUUGUUGCCCAACCUAAACUGGUUUGUUUUCCCUUCCUUUUACCCACAUUGUUUUUUUUUCCCCCCCCCUAAAUUGUAGAAAACAGAUUCUGAUAUCACUCUUUAUCGAGAAUAGUACCAGCGAAAGAGGACCCGCCCAGUACUGAUAUACAGCGCAUUCCUCCUCCUGUGGGUCAAAGUCUGAAGCAACCAAGCCUUCACCAGAACCGACAACCGCGGCGAGCUCUCUUCAAAACGAGGAGAAAACUUUCUGUAUCUUUUUUUUUUUUUGUCCCCCAACCGAUGGAUCUUCUGCUCAGAUGCAGUAUUUUCGUUCUCCUGGGAUUCUUCAUCGCUCUGGUUCCCAUGAACGUAGAAGGACAUAAUGGAUCGCUGAGAAGGCAGAAAAGAGAAUGGAUCCUCGCUCCCAGGAACCUUGUGGAGGGACAUGACUACACCACUUCCAAAUCUAUUGCACACAUUCGCUCAGAUAAGGUGACAGAGGAAAAGAUAAUAUACUCUUUAACUGGUCCUGGUGUUGACCAAGAUCCAAAGGGCAGAUUUGGAGUUGAUCGAGACACUGGCUUUGUUAAGGUCUAUUCCAUUCUGGAUCGAGAGGAAAUUGCAGCAUAUCACCUUUUCGGUGUGGCACAGUUUCCCAAUGGGAGCCGUGCUGAAAAGGAUAUCGCUCUUGUAAUUAGGGUCUUAGACAUUAAUGACUGCACUCCUGUCAUCAAGGCCCAGCAAGUUGGACAAGUCAGCGAACACAGCAAACCGGGUACUGUUGUCAUGAAAGUCAUAGCUACAGAUGAUGAUGAUAACACCACUGCCAACGCCCAGAUCUCCUACAGAAUAGAUGAGAGAAGUAACAGUGGCGGGAUGUUCAGCAUCAACUCCCAAACAGGAGAGGUCAUGGUUGUAAAGACCACUCUAGAUAGAGAGACCAAAGACACAUACAAGUUGAUCGUUCUUGCUUCUGACUUGGGCGGCCAAGCAGGAGGAAACACAGGAACUGGUGAAAUAGAGAUUAAACUCACAGACAUAAAUGACAACAUUCCAACUCUGGCAAAAGAAACGUACGAGGGAAGCGUGGAGGAGAAUACUGUUGGUGUUGAAGUCCUAAGGAUACAAGCAGUUGACCUGGAUAUGAUCAAUACAGAGAACUGGUUCGCCAUGUACGAGAUCGUUUCAGGAAAUGAAGGCGGAUAUUUCAAUAUCACAACUGAUAAAAAGACCAACGAGGGAGUCAUCACCAUAACUAAGGCUCUGGACUACGAGGAAAUAAAGGCGCUAAGUUUGGCAGUGAAGGUUAAAAAUGAAGCUGAGUACAACUUUGGCAGCAGCAUGUCGGCUACGGGAGCUUCUGGGUCAAAGUCGUAUCCCAUCAACAUAAAUGUCAUCAACCAGAAAGAGGGGGCCCGAUUUAAACCGAGUGUGAAAGUGGUGACUGUCUCUGAAGAUAAAACAUCCUUCUCUUUGGAAAAAGUCAUAACAACCUACGCUGCUAUUGACAGUGACACUCUGAAGACUGCCACCGACGUGAGGUAUCAAAAGGGGUUUGAUAAAGACAACUGGUUUACUAUUGAGGAAAAAACAGCUGAAAUCAAGUUGAAUAAAUAUCCUGACCGAGAGUCCGAGUAUUUGGUCAACGGAACAUACUAUGCUGAAAUUAUUUGCAUCUCCAAUGACAUUCCCUCAAAAACUGCAACAGGGACCAUAGCCGUUCAGGUGGAGGAUUUCAACGACCACUGUCCAACACUGACCUCAACGACCCAAACCGUAUGCUUUGGUGAUAAUGUAGUUUACGUCACAGCAGAGGACAAUGAUGGGUUCCCCAACUCUGCACCAUUUACCUUUGAAGUGAUUCAAGGGGACAGCAAAGAGAAGUGGGAUUUGGAGACAUAUAAUGAAACCACAGUCCUCCUUAGACACCGGGGAAGCAUAUGGCCAGGCCUCUACAAAGUACACGUGGAGAUCAAGGACCAGCAGGGAAAGUCCUGCUCUGAGCCCCAGAUGAUCGACGUAACGGUGUGCAAAUGCCAAGACAACACCAAGGCCUGCUUGUCACGCAGUAAAAGCGAAGUAACUUUUGGAGCUGGAGGUAUCCUGCUCAUGCUGCUGGGACUGCUGCUCCUUCUAUUGGUUCCUCUUCUUCUGCUCAUCUGCCUCUGUGGAAGCGCCGCAAGAGAGUUUAAAGCUAUUCCCUUUGAGGCAAAAGAACAUCUGAUCUCGUAUCACACCGAGGGACAAGGAGAAGACAAGGACAUGCCUGGUUUCCAAGUCCCAAUGCAGGUUGAUGGUGGCACAAUAAAGAUGGGGGACAUUAACAUGUCUGGGGGACAGGCAUACCUGGACAAUUUGGUUUGCACACAGCCUCCAAUGGGUGGAGGAGGGACCUUGACAGCAGAGGACAUGAACAUGUACAACACGUACAACUACAAAUACUCCGGAGGCCAGAAUCAGAUAGAUUUUAUGGGCGGAGGAGCAAUGGCAGGACAAAACAUGAACUUCUCUCAACACAGAGCUACAGCCUCCAGUGGCAUGGCUUUGUCAGACCAGUAUCUUGGACAAUACUUUUCAGCUGAAUCAAGUAAAUUUUCACAGCAAUAUCAGGAGAAGGACACUGAGGUGAACUACAAGUACGAGGGUGAAGAGUCACUGGCAGGUUCAGUGGGUUGUUGCAGCCUCCUUGAACUUGAACAAGAUUUUGCCUUCCUUGAAGACCUGGGGCCAAAAUUCAAAACCCUGGCCGAAAUCUGCCAGGGAACAGCCCUGGAGAGCACUUCAGUGGUUGCAGGAGCUUUUGAUCUCUCAAACCAAUCGGUAUCCCAAGUCAGACCCUCCACCUCGGCCCACACGCAUGUCCAUACUCACACGGAAACAAUUAAAGACAGAGAGCAUGUGAAUGUCAACACCGUCAAUAUUUCCAACCAAGCAUCUGGGUCUUCUACUGUCAUUCAAGAGGGGCGAAUUACUGAGAAUUGCCAGCGUUCAGAAACCCUUCCCAGAGCCCCAGAGAGCCCCAGAGUUCUCAUCCCUAACCAAACACUGCUCAUACAGCAGCCUACCAUGUACUAUGCAGCUACCCCCAUGUAUGUAGUUGAGUCCCAGCCCCAAAUGGUGCUAGUGUCAGGGGGAACUCAGCAGAUGGUUGGUCAGGUGAGUCAAGCAGGGCUCAGUCAAGGAUUAAUACAAGUUGGAGGCCUCCAAGGUUCUCAGGGUAUGAUGCUGGUUGAAGGGCAGGUGGAAAUGAAAGGAGCGCAUGGGCAGGUAGCACAGGGCCUCUCACAGGGAGCCGUCUCUGAAUCCACUAAAGUGUUCGUAGUUGAGAAUGGGUCCGCGGGUGAAAAGCACAGUAUGCACACCCUGCAGACCUCCGGUCAAAUACCGCAGAGGUCUUCGGAGGCAGGCUUUGAGGUGAGCAGCAAAAGUGUUCAUGGGAAAUCCUUUUCUGCCAGCUCACGUGGUUCUGCAGGAUCAAAGGAGGACUUUGAACUGACAACCACACCCAGGUCGCAAGGAGCCCAGAGGGUUGUUAUGCACCAUAAGAAAGUCACAAUGACUGAGAGAAAUAUCGAGUCGAGCAGGUAAAUUAGUCCCUGAUCCACUGAGGUCACACAUGCAAUGGCGUGUGUAUAUAUUCUUGAGUAAAAAGCACUACAACAGAGAGAGAUUUAAAGUGAAAAAAAAGAGUAAGACUUUCAAUUGCUUGGCCUACAGCUUUCUUCAGUUACUGAGUGGGCUCACACAUGAACACAUUUCUGUAUUAUUGUUGGCAAGAUUCAUGAGCAAACAUAAUGCUCCACGAAAGCAUUGACUGACAUGAGUUUCUCCCACGUCUUGGUGAAAUAAUGAUUAUUAGAUUUGAUUAUUUCUUUCGAUAGCACUGAAAACCCUGGAUUUAUUUCAGGUGGAAAAAAAACAAGGCAAAGCAAAUAAUUUGAAAUAAAAAUAGUUUAUAUUUGUGACAUCAGGCCCAUCAUACCUUCCAGUAGACUGGGCACAAGUUUAUCAAGGAAAGUUGCACAGGUUCGUUUUCCCUGAGGGUAAAACACAUUUUACUUGGUUAUUAAAGUGGCUCUAGUGCAGCUUGUCACAAAACAUCUAUGUCCGAUUAAUAAUCACAUUUUAUAAAUAUUGUUUUUCCUUUGCAAGUCAAGUUGGUUAGUUGAAAGGUUUUUGUAUAUUAAAAACGAUAUGUGCCAAAUUGCUAAACUUGCCAAAUUGCUAAGAAUGGAGGUUUGUGUUUGUUUUUGUUUUUUCCAAAGUGUUGCGCUGUCAGGGCUUUUUGAUAAAUUCUGAUUUUGUGCACAUGUUUUCAUUGUUUUUAUUUAUGUAACCAAGUAAUUAGCAUUUCUUAGAAUAUUCAAGGAUUGCAUGUAAAACCAGUGAAAAUAUUUGUCGAGGAUGAGGUUUUUUUUUUUACUGCUGUUGCUGCUUUUAUUUUGAUCUUGUUUGUCACUUACUGUUGGAUAGUAGCACUGUAGCUAAAUCGGCUUGAAAAUGAAGAUGUGUUUCUGUUUUAUUUGUACCUGUUAUUGUUAUAAAAUCAAACACUAAAACCUAAUGAUCUUUUUUUUUACCCAUAACAAAAUUGUUAUGAAACAUGUUUGUGAUACAAUAUCAAAGACUGUUGUAUAUAUGGUAUAUUUAAAUCAAGGACUAUUUUAAGCCAAAACUUGGGAAUUAACUUGGGAAUUGUACAUAAUUGAUAGAUUUGGAUCCCAUUCAACAGAAUGUUGUACUUAAUAAAAUGUUUUUGGCAGUCAA